AUGCAGAAAUACAGACUCGCAAAUUAUUUGUCCCCUAGGUUCUUUUAUCGAAUUCUCAAACAAACAAUGGGAAAAACUCGUCGAUUUAUGUUUACUAUGGGAUGUCUUUUAAUUAUUUUAUACUAUUUAUCAUCUUAUGUUCGUGGACAAGUUCAUGUUGAACCACAAGAUCGUAUCGAUUGUUACCCGGAUCAUGAUAAAUCGUUUAGCAAAGAAUCAUGUUCAAAUCGAAAUUGUCUGUUUGAUGAAAAAUCAAAUGAUAAUGGAAUACCUCGAUGUUUUUAUGCACCCAAUUAUGGAUACAAAUUACAAAAAAAUCAACCAAAACAAACUCACAAUGGUUUAAGAUUUGAAUUAAAACGAAAUACCGCUGUACAAAGUCCAUAUCAAGAUCCUAUUGAAAAUGUUAUACUCGAUGUACAAUACUAUACAAAUGAUAUUCUACAUUUUAAAUUGUACGAUGCGGAUAAGCCACGUUAUGAAGUUCCAAUUCCUUUAAGUCCAUCAUCAGGUAAAGCUCAAUCACCGCAAUAUGAAUUUAAAGAAUCAUCAAAUCUUUCAUUGGAUAAUAUAUUUUCAUUUGUCAUUAAACGUCGUUCAACAUCAGAAAAUCUCUUUGAUACUAGUCUUGGAGGUCUUGUAUUAAAUAAUCAAUUCUUACAAAUUGUUACACGUCUUCAAUCAUCGAAUGUAUACGGUUUUGGUGAAAAUAAUCAUGAUACAUUAAAACAUAAUUUACAAUAUACAUCAUGGGGAAUUUUUGCACGAGAUCAAGGAACAAAUUGGAUGAACAAUACAAAUCAUUAUGGUCAACAUCCAUUUUAUUUGGUUAUGGAACAGCAAAAAAACACUGGAUUACCGUCAGGCAAUAUGCACGGAGUUUUACUACUUAACUCAAAUGCCAUGGAUUAUUCAUUUACACCUACGCCAUCAUUAACAAUGAGAACAAUUGGUGGAAUUUUAGAUUUUUAUGUUUUUAUGGGACCACAACCAGAAGCAGUCAUUCAACAGUAUACGUGGCUUGUUGGACGAUCUAUAUUACCACCAUACUGGUCUUUAGGUUUUCAAUUAUCUCGAUGGGAUUAUUCAAAUUUAACACAUAUGAAAAAUAUUGUUAAACGUAAUUUAGACAAAGGUAUUCCACUAGAUGUUCAAUAUGCCGACAUUGAUUAUAUGGAUGCAGAAAAAGAUUUUACAGUGGAUCCAAUCAAUUAUAAAGGUUUAAAAGAAUAUUUUAAUGAGUUGCGAGCAAUGGGAAUGCAUACAAUAGUUAUCCUCGAUCCGGGAGUUAUUGAUGAACCAAAUUAUCAACCAACAGUAACUGGAAAAAAUCAAAAUGUGUUUGUCAAAUGGGAGAAUGGAACGGAUAUGAAGGGGUCUUGUUGGCCAGGUGAUGUGUAUUUUCCUGAUUUUUUUCUUGAUCGAACAAAAAUUUGGUGGGAAAAAUUGAUCACAGAUUUUAGAAACGUGAAUCUAACAUUUGAUGGACUAUGGAUUGAUAUGAACGAGCCUGCAUUGUUUGAGACAAAUGAUCCUGUACCAUGGAAUUGGGCUGAUACAGGAAGUAAUUAUACAUUAAAAUGUCCAUAUAGUCAGUAUGAUGAUCCACCCUAUCGAACAAAAAGUAUUUAUCGUUUCGAAAAAGAAAAUGAACGACCCAGAAGAUUAUCCGAUCGAACAUUGUGUAUGGCUGCACGUCAAGGUGAACUUAAUGAGCAAGGAAAGUCAAAAUACCGACAUUAUGAUGUUCACAGUUUAUACGGUUGGAGUCAAACAAAACCAACUUUUGAUAUCAUGCAAAAAGUAACAGGAAAGCGUAGUCUUGUAUUACCACGAUCAACGUUUAUUGGUUCAGGACAAUGGUCUGGUCAUUGGCUAGGUGAUAAUGAAGCAACGUGGCAUGAAAUGAAACGUUCAUUGAUUGGAAUGAUAGAAUUCAAUUGGUUUGGGAUUCCAUUCAAUGGAGCUGACAUAUGUGGUUUUGAUAAGACACCUACAGAAGAAAUGUGCAUACGUUGGAUGCAGGUUGGUGCAUUUUAUCCAUUUUCACGUAAUCACAACAUAUGGAAAACAGAAGAUCAAGAUCCUGCUCAUUGGAGUGAUAUGGCUGUGGACAUAAUGGUGAAAGCAUUAAAAAUUCGUUAUCUUUUAUUACCUUAUUAUUAUACAUUAUUUUAUAAAGCGCAUACGCAAGGUUCAACUGUUAUUCGUCCGCUCUUCCACGAGUAUCCACAAGAUCGUAUAACAACAGAUAUAUUUUUACAAUUUCUUAUUGGUCCAUGUAUUAUGAUAGCACCGGUUACUGAUAAUAAUACGAGAGAAAUCGAUGUUUACAUUCCAUCCUCCCAUUGGUAUGAUUUUCAUACGGGUAAAAGAAUAAAUAUGAUUCAACAAUGGGCAAAAACUCAAGCACCAUUAGAUACUAUUCCAAUAUUUUUACGAGGUGGAUAUAUCAUUCCAACUCAAGAAUUUGCAAACAAUACCGUUUAUUCACGUCAAAAACCAUUUGGAUUAAUAAUUGUUUUGAAUUCAGAGGGAAAUGCUGAAGGUGAUUUAUUCUAUGAUGAUGGUGAUUCGAUUGGUACAGUUCAAAAGCGUCAAUAUUAUUAUGCACAAUUCAAAUGGUCAAAAACAGAGAUGAAAUUAGCCAUUAAUGUUGUCGAAAAUAAUUAUCAAAAUAUGAAUCAUUUAAUAUUAGAUUCAUUGACAAUCUACGGGUUAGACGAUACACCAGCAUCGUUCGUAAUCGAUGGAAGACAAAAUGUCACAAAUAUUCACAUGAAACGAAACACACAAAUAUUAGAAUUAAUUGAUCUUAAUAUGAAAAUGACAAUAAAUCAUACAUUAGCUUGGUCUGGAUCGAGAGUAGAUCCAGUUGAUUCAGUAAGUGAUGCUAUAAAAAAUCCUGAGUACAGAGCUGAUUGUCAUCCAGAUCUAGACGCUGAUGCUAAUAAAUGUCGUGCAAGAGGAUGCGAAUGGGAUCAAACAGCUCAAACAGCUCAAACUAAUUCAUCUCCAUGUUAUGUUCCGAAAUCAAAAGGUGGUUAUGAACUCAUUGGUCAAGAAUCAACUAAACAAUAUGGUAUUCACUAUAAACUAAAACGUUUAUCAACAAAACCCGCACACAAAGUACCGAUACAACGUAUGCAAAAUUAUCGACUUCAUAAUCAUCUUCAAAAACAACAGUUAAUAGCUCCUGUUGAAACUCUAAUUGACACGAAACAAUCCGAAUUUAGUUUGUUUGGCAAUGAUAUUGAUAAUUUAAGAUUAGAAAUGACAACAUCAGGAACAGAUAUGAUUCGUUUGAAAAUAACUGAUUUAGAUCAUGAACGUUAUGAAGUGCCCGUUCCCAUAGUUUGGCGUCCAGAUCCAACUACUUCUCAUGUAGCGAGACAAAAAAUUAAAUUUCGACUAACACACACACAAUACAAGCAAGCUGGCAUUCAAAUUGUGAGAACGGAUACAAACGCAAUUCUAUUCGAUACAUCGUUUUUUGCUGAAGGAUUCAUUUAUGAUGAUAAAUAUUUACAAUUCAUGACAACAAUUCCUUCAAGAAAUAUUUAUGGUAUGGGCGAAAAUACUCAUCCCACAUUUCAACACGUAUUAAAUUCCGGUGUUCGCUAUGGGAUAUUUGCGCGUGAUCAACCGCCAUUGGGAAAUAAUGAAAAUUUGUAUGGUACUCAUCCAUUUUAUAUGGUCGUGGAAAAUGAUGGAAAUGCUUUUGGUGUUCUUAUCUUUAAUUCAAAUGCUCAAGAUUACAAAUUCAAUCAAUUUGAACAAGAUCAAUCAAUGUUAACCUAUCGUACAAUUGGAGGAAUUUUAGAUAUUUUCUUUUUUGCUGGACCAACUCCUGAAGAUGUGAUUCAACAAUAUCAACAUGUCAUUGGUAAUCCGUAUAUGCCACCCUACUGGGCUUUAGGAUUUCAUUUGUGUCGAUAUGGAUAUAAUACAUUAGAAAAUAUGCAAGCAGCUGUGAACAGAACAAUUUCGAAAAAUAUUCCACUCGAUGUGGUGUAUGGUGAUAUUGAUUAUUUUUAUGAGCAACUUGAUUUUACAUGGGAUUCUAUUCGUUUUAAAAAUUUACCUGAGUAUGUUGAUACACUACAUACUCAAGGAAUGAAGUUCAUUACAAUAUUAGAUCCAGCUAUUGAUUCAGAAGCAAAAAACUAUUCAACAUAUACAAGAGGACAAGAAAAAGAUAUAUGGAUCAAAUGGCCAAAAGAUAAAAAUGCACAAUUUAAUGAAACAGGAAAUCGAAAUAUGCUCGGUUACGUAUGGCCAAUUGGUAGAACCGUGUUUCCCGAUUAUUUCUCUCCAGCUGCUAUUUCCUGGUGGAAAUCCGAAAUCUUAAAUUAUCAUCAAAAACUGAAAUUCGAUGCUUUAUGGAUCGAUAUGAAUGAACCGGCUAAUUUUGAUACAAAUAAAAUAAAGCCAUGGAAUUGGCCUUAUUCUGAACCCUGGAAUCUACAUUGUCCUAUUGAUGAUGAAUGGGACAAUCCACCGUAUAAACCUGUCAUAAUGGGUGAUCGUAUAUCUGAUAAAACGUUGUGUAUGAUUGCAGAACAAACUAAUAGUUCUCAUAUUUUUCGUCAUUAUGAUGUUCAUAAUUUAUACGGAUGGUCACAAAUUAUGGCAACAUUACCGGCCGUUAGAGCUUUAGACAAUAAACGUUCAAUUAUCAUUAGUCGUUCAACAUUUCCAACAUCAGGCAAAGCUGCUGGGCACUGGUUAGGUGAUAAUGCAGCAGCAUGGUCACACGUUAAAUAUAAUCUAAUCGGCUUGUUAGAAUUUAAUCUAUUUGGUAUACCAUAUGUUGGCGCUGAUAUUUGUGGAUUCGAAGGAAAUACAACUGAACAAUUAUGUCAGAGAUGGAUGCAAUUGGGUGCAUUUAAUCCAUUUUUCCGGAAUCACAAUGGUAUAAACUAUCCAGAUCAAGAUCCAGGCAUCUUUUCUCCGCCGGUUGUUGAAUCCAAUCGUAAAGCAGUCGAAACUCGUUAUACAUUAAUUCCUUAUUUAUACUCAUUAUUUCAUCAUGUUCAUAUUUCUGGUGGUACAGUUAUUCGCAGUAUGGUACAUGAGUUUUCAAAAGAUAGUCAAUGUUGGUCAUUAGACGAACAAUUUUUAUGGGGUAGUUAUUUAUUAAUCGCACCAGUUGUUUAUGAAAAUCAUACAGAAAAAGUAGUGUAUUUCCCUGGUUUAAACUCAACAGAAAGAUGGUAUGACUAUUAUUUGGGUAAAGAGAUGUAUCAAAGAACUGACACAACAACAUCAGCUUUAACCGUACAAGCUGAUUAUGAUUAUUUACCAUUAUAUAUAAGAGGUGGUGCAAUUAUUCCACAUCAAAAAUCAGCUAUAAAUACUGUUCACAGUCGUUUACAACCAAUGUACUUGAAAAUAGCGUUAGAUAAACAACAAAAAGCGAACGGUGAUUUAUUUUGGGACGAUGGUGAAUCUAUAGACACUUAUGAAUCGACUAAUUAUUCCUAUUUUUUAUUCCACUAUGAUUCAAAUCGUCUAACACUGGAACCACGGACAUUUAAAUAUACCAAUUUCACGUUUAAACUAGAUGAUAUCCAUGUCUAUGGCUUAUCACAAAUACCGCAACGAAUAACAUUGAAUAAUCAAGAUAUAUCAACAUCACAAUGGAACUAUGAACAAAAUAUAAAAACAUUACAUAUUCAAAAAUUACAAUUAGACAUGAGUAAAACACAAGAAAUUGUUAUUUUAAAUUAA